AUGUGCCGUGCUCUCUGGUACAUUCUGAAGCUUUCUGUGGUAGUGGGGCUUUAUUUGAUUUUGACCUACUCCAUUUUUCCUGCUUACUACACGUCGCCUUUGGUUCAUGGGUCUGGACCAAUCCCCAUGAAUAUCACACCGCCAGCAACACAUCUGAUCUUCAUCGUUAUGGAUGGAAUGCGUGCGGACAUAUUGUUUCGAUACCCAAUGGAGGACACUCCAUUUCUCAGGUUGGUGAAGACUCUUCGACAGGCCACUACAGGUUUCGUUCUCCUUGAGGCUCGUCAGGCACGGCUUCCGAGUUUCCGUCAACCUUAUUUUCUACUUGAACCCAAAUUGCAUGAAUUUCCACAAGUACUCUGCUAUAUCUUGAUUAUGGUACCAAGUGAAACGUUGGACGAAGUGGCCCAAGUGGUCCGUGGUUCGAACCCGACCUCUGCCUCUCAACUUCCCCUGUCUAGGCUUGGGCAGCCUGGCAGAAUCCCAGCCUUCGUACUUCCUUCGGGUAGCAUGGCAGUUAGGCGCCGUAAAGGUGCUACAUCUGAACGAUUAGACAGCUUUACAGGACAUCAGUGUUCAACACCGAUUUUUCACUGCCGCACAACAAGGAUUUAUUUAAAGCCCAAUUGUACAGAAAAGAAUAAAGGUGGACCGGGAACGGACUUAGUGCUAGCCUACCGCAAUCAUUCUGUGGGCCUAUACCUCCAGACAUUGACUCAGGCAAUCUGGAUAGAAACUGACAACAAGAACACCACUGACAUCGGUUGGCAGCCAUAUUUCGUAGUGUCUCCAACCAGUCACAGUGAGGAUCACGCGGUCCCCACCCUAGACAUCUUGCUCCAUCAAGGUGCUUGGGGCUUAUCGCACACUCGUGCUCCAACCGAAUCAAGACCGGGUCAUGUUGCUCUCUUCGCCGGGUUUUACGAGGACCCAUCAGCACUCGCCACAGCCAUCAUCAUCAUCAUCACCUGUGACAGCAUGACAUCAGUGUUCAACACCGAUGCUUCACUGCCGUCAACCGGAUCACUGUCUGCCAAGUCAUGGGGUGGCCGCCUCUCUGCUUACGCCACUCUGAAUUGGGCAUGGAAAAUAGCACUCUUUUUGGGCAAACGAUGGCUAGGCGUGCGUAACACAUGUCCCAACCAACGCAGCUUCUGGUGCUGGACACAUUCUUCAGUGGAAGUACUCAUUGCACAACCAGAAACUCACUUUCUAAUUGCCUCGUUGCGGAUACACCGACAUCAAUCCAAACGAGCCAUGGUUCUGAGACAACGAUUGUCGAACACCUGGAGGCGUCUUAGUUGGAAAACAAAUCCGGUGGAAUUCGACACCGUGUUCAAUCAUUCCGGCAAAGCUUGGGCGUGGGGAGUUUCCUCGGUUCUAAACGCGGUGAACUUGGGCAAUUUACCUCAGGUGAACGCAAACGCACCUCCCAGAGGAAUUUCCUCAAUGAGUGCUGACGAAUGGUCUGUUGGUCGUUUCCUGUUGGUUGAAUUGGAGCUCAAGAUAACUCAGUGGUUAACGCUCCAACUUACUGACCAGAAGUUCCGUGAUUCGAACCUGACUCUAAUUUCUCGACUUCCCCUGUCUAGGCUUGGAUAA